GCUUUCAACCACUGCAAUAACUAUCUCUAAAUCCAAAUCACACCAAAUAACAACCCCCCAAAACACCGCCAAAAUGAGCUUUCUCGGAAUGGGUCGACCUCAGCCUACCUCGGAGCAAAAGAUUGCUGCCGUUGAGAGUGAGAUGCGCAUGAUGGCCGACACCUACAACCGUCUCCAGCAGUCUUGCCAGAAGAAGUGCGUUCCCAACGACUACCGCGAGGGCGAGCUCAACAAGGGCGAGUCUGUCUGCCUCGACCGUUGCACAGCCAAGUUCCUCGACACAUCGAUGAAGGUCAGCGAGAUCAUGCAGCAGCAGGGCCAGGCCCUCGGUGGCCAGCAGGGCGGCGGCGGCAUGUUCUAAGCGCAAUGAGUGAAAUAGCUGUCCCUCCACCACAGCUGGAACAAACCGCUUAGAGGAGAGGGAAGGAUAUCGAAUCGGAGGGGCGAUCGGAGAAACUUUGUACGACUAUUGGAGAGCCAUCUAGUGAAGGACGACUAGACAAUUCGAUUUGGUUCGGAUAUCUGGCGCUUAGAUCAUGAAUUGAUGACGAGCGGACGCAACAGAGGUGUCACUGUAUAAUAUACUCUAUGGAUGUGUGUCUGAACCAGAAAUAACACCUCGACUAUGAAUGAAACAACUAGAUUAUGUUUCUU